UUUCUUAUUGUGGAUUGAGUGUAAAGUUUGAAAAACAUUCAUUCUGAGUGAAUCUCUUCUCUCUUGUAGCUGAGGAAAACUGAGGCCUUUAAAGGCUAAAUGAUUUGUUCAAAUACUCCCCUUUCUCUAUUUUAAGUGGCUCAGCCAGGACUGAACUAGAUUGAUGGCUAAUUUUACCAUGCGACAUUGCUAAUUUGUUGAAAUGUAAUUGUGAAGUAGACCAUUUAAAAAUACUAAGUGAUUGUCUGCUUCAUAGUUGACGUUUUUUAAUUCCUUAUUUUUCCUGCUGAAAUCAUCACUGUCAUUAUCUUUUAAAAUAAUUGGGGCUGGUGCUUCCUUUCCAGAGAAUAUCUUGGUCCCUCUCAGUUGGCUGUCUGCACACCUCAGUCCUAGAAUUUGACAUUUGGGGCCUAAUCAGAAGAAUUUCAUAACAAGGUGUGAGGGGUUGUUAAGUUUUUAAUGUCCGAACCAAAUUAAAUUAUUUUGAAUUAUUUUCAAUUGACUUAAUAGUUGAAUGCAACAUAUGGCACCAGAUGUUGGUACUGGAUCAUUGGGAAGACAUCUAGUAGUUGGUAGUUAUCUAUGUGAGGUUUUUUUCAACCUUGAAUACCAUAUGAAAUGCAGAUUCUGAUCCAGAGUCUGGCUGAGAUUCUGGGUUACUAACAGGCUCCCUGUAGAUGCUGCUGCUGAUCCUUCAACUACAUUUUCAGUAGCAAGAACCUGCAUUACCUGCCUUAUUACCGUGGUAAGAAAAAGUAGCCGUCAGAUAAUUUUUCUGUGUUGAUUUUAAACAGUCUUGCUCAUCAGUCCUUACACACAUUGGAGUAAUAAUGCCCCUCUUUGUAGCACUGUUGUAGAUGAUUCAGAUUUAGCACUACUUGAUUUAACUAGUAUUGUCAGAAUUUUCUACAAAACUUAUUUUUCUAAAUAACUUAUAUCUUCAAUUUUAGAAAACAUGUUCUACAAUAUUGCAUAAUUCUCUUUCUCAAACUGUUACAUGCACUUUACUUUUUUUUCUUUAACUUAGUGGUGUAAGAGCCAUGUUUUUUGGAGACUUCUUGGUGAUGGGUAUUGAACCAUAUGCAAAAUGUGUAAAGAUCACAAACCGUUCUAAGUUCUUGUAUCUGUGUUUUAUGUUUUUUCUAUUUUGUCUCCAUCCAGCUACCAAUUAAUAGUAUGUCUGCCUAAAAGCAGCUGGUUUCCCUUUCCAUUCUAAUUGAUUACUUCUGACCUGAAAAGCCAGAUACUAGAUUUGUUAGAAAUAUUUAUGAGAUUAAUCCCAGUCAGAAAGGCCUACCUGGCAUGGGGGCUUUCCUGCAAGGAAGUGGUCAGGAAGUUCAGUAGCACUUGAGUGGGAGAGAAAUCCUUUAGUGUUAACCCUAUUCCGAAUAAUUAGGUCAAUGGGAGCUUACUUGUUUCUUCAUGCCUUUCUCUAUGUGCUUUUUAAACUGGUUUCUAGAUCCCUCUCUAACAUUGUGUGUUAAAGUGCAUAUGAAGAUGACUUGGAGGUGUCUAUAUGUAUGUGCGUGUUCUGCUAUUGAGAACAUGAUCAUCAUCAUAAAUAAGCAGUGCUUCAGGAUCCAUCUAAAAUGGAGACAGGUAACUGUGCUACAGGCCCUGGUUCUCUUACAGAGGCUUUGCAAAUGGUUUUAAGAAUAACAAUAACAACAAUAAAGAGGAUAUUUCUUGGUUCAAUUUAGUGUUCUAGGGAUUUAAAGACUGAUUUCUGGUAACUGCCUUUAGCAGAUUAUUAAUGAUAAGAAUAACAAUCAUAACUCUUAUUUGCUGAGCCCUCACUGUGUCAGGCAGUCAUUAUUCAGACAAGUGUUACAACAAGGAGAGCUGUGGUCAUGAAGGGUGCAUUUGCCUGUGGGGUAGCAAAUGGCUGCUGCGCUUUGAACAAAUGAGAGUGAUCCAAAUAGAUAGGGGUGAGAUUAAAUAUUUUCAUUAGUCCCUGUUUACAAUAAAUAAGCAUGUGUAGAACCUAUUGCAGGUGUUUUUGUUUUUUUUUUUUACUCACCAAUGCUAGAAAUGGUUGUAGGAUUCACACCUAUAAAAAUCAAAUAGUAGCUUAUAUUCUUCUAAUUCAAAGCGGAGAGAACCUGUUUGCAUUUUAACUAGGUGGAAUCCGAACAUUUAUCAUUUUGAAUAGCCUUGUUAUUUGUUCUGUGUUAGAAGUUGUGGAUUAUAUUCUUUAAAAUUAAGACAAGACUAAGUGUAGCCUUAACAGUUAAGUUGAAUGUUGAGAUCCUGAACAUGGCCCCAUCUGAAAUAUUUUUAAAGAAUUACAGCCUUUGAACAUUGAUCAUCAGAUUUGUUUUUAUUUAAAUCUCGUUUUUACUUCUAGAGUUUAUCUUAUGCUUCAGUGUACUUAGGUGUAUGGGUAUAAUCUUAAUCUAAUUAGCCGUAUUUUGUGACCUGAGACUCCUGUCAAAGACCAUUAUAGAAGCUAGAAAACAUUGGGAGGUAAACUGAACACAUGGCCUCAGUUCUCUUCUUUAGCACUAGAUUAUGACUUGCACUCAGAGGCUAAGAAAAAGAAAAAUAACGUCCUUUGCCUUUAAAGUGUAAUAAAUGUGUUUUGCUAUUAAUAACCCUUUUCAGUUUAUAGACUGAGGAUUUUGUUUUAAGUGUUUGAAACUAAAUGCUGCUGGGAAAAAGAUUUUAGUAGAAAUAUAGAUCUCUGUCCCUACCCUUUGUUAAUUGAUCCUGCUUAACUGGGGACAUAAUGUGUAUCUACUGAAGAGAAAUCUGUGGGCAUAAACUCCUCCCUUCCUGUUGUCAAAUGUAUUUCAUGUGUUAUUUAUCUUGUUUAAAUAUACAGUAGACAAGAAAAUGCAGCUGCUGUUCCUUUAAUAUCAGAACUAUGCAUGUUACAAUAGGUGUCACUGUUUUGCUUGGUCCAAUCAUGAUUGGUGACUUCAGCUAUUGGCUCGGAGCACUGACUGUCUGACUCCAUCUGCAGGGCUGUAAUACCUACUCUCCUCCGAUCCAUUCACCACACAACUUCAGCCGGCUGAACAGACUCACGCAGCUCCAGCCCAUCUUGCUAACCUAAUUCAGAAAACAAGUGCUACAGCUCUGUGCCUGUCAUCUUUACAGUGUAGCAUUUUCAGAGACGGUAAAGAACAGGUCCAAGAAAAGCUCGAAGAAAGCAAAUACCAGCAGCAGCAGUAGCAACAGCAGCAAGUUGCCGCCAGUUUGUUAUGAAAUAAUUACCUUGAAGACUAAAAAGAAGAAGAUGGCUGCUGAUAUAUUCCCCCGUAAAAAGCCAGCCAACUCCAGCAGCACCAGCGUCCAGCAGUACCACCAGCAGAAUCUCAGUAACAACAACCUUAUCCCGGCCCCAAACUGGCAGGGUCUUUAUCCCACCAUUAGAGAGAGAAAUGCGGUGAUGUUCAAUAAUGAUUUGAUGGCAGAUGUACAUUUUGUGGUUGGGCCACCAGGUGGGACUCAACGGUUGCCAGGACACAAAUAUGUUUUAGCUGUUGGGAGCUCUGUGUUCCAUGCGAUGUUUUACGGAGAACUUGCAGAGGACAAAGAUGAAAUCCGUAUACCAGAUGUCGAACCUGCUGCUUUUCUCGCUAUGCUGAAAUAUAUCUAUUGUGAUGAAAUUGACUUGGCUGCUGACACAGUGCUGGCCACACUUUAUGCUGCCAAAAAGUACAUCGUCCCUCACCUUGCCAGGGCCUGUGUUAAUUUCCUGGAGACCAGCCUGAGUGCCAAAAAUGCCUGUGUGCUCCUCUCCCAGAGCUGCCUGUUCGAGGAGCCAGACCUGACCCAGCGUUGCUGGGAGGUGAUUGAUGCCCAGGCUGAGUUAGCUCUCAAGUCUGAGGGAUUCUGCGAUAUCGACUUCCAGACACUAGAAAGUAUUCUCCGUAGGGAAACUCUGAAUGCCAAAGAAAUUGUGGUUUUUGAGGCAGCUCUCAACUGGGCUGAAGUAGAAUGCCAACGACAAGAUCUAGCGUUGAGCAUUGAAAAUAAACGCAAGGUCCUAGGAAAGGCACUUUACUUGAUCCGCAUACCCACAAUGGCCCUUGAUGAUUUUGCAAAUGGUGCUGCACAGUCCGGAGUAUUAACUCUCAAUGAGACCAACGACAUCUUCCUCUGGUAUACUGCAGCCAAAAAGCCUGAGCUGCAGUUUGUGAGUAAAGCCCGCAAGGGCCUUGUCCCCCAGCGCUGUCACCGUUUCCAGUCGUGUGCCUAUCGAAGCAACCAGUGGCGCUAUCGCGGUCGCUGUGACAGCAUCCAGUUUGCAGUUGAUAAAAGAGUGUUCAUUGCUGGCUUUGGGCUGUAUGGCUCCAGCUGUGGUUCUGCAGAAUACAGUGCCAAGAUUGAACUUAAGCGGCAGGGCGUUGUCCUGGGGCAGAACUUGAGCAAGUACUUCUCAGAUGGGUCCAGCAAUACCUUUCCGGUAUGGUUUGAAUACCCAGUGCAGAUCGAGCCAGACACCUUCUACACAGCCAGUGUGAUACUGGAUGGCAAUGAACUCAGCUACUUUGGACAAGAAGGCAUGACAGAAGUUCAGUGUGGCAAAGUGACUGUCCAGUUUCAGUGCUCCUCAGAUAGCACCAAUGGCACUGGGGUACAGGGAGGGCAGAUCCCUGAACUUAUAUUCUAUGCUUGAAAACUCACUUCCUGAAGCAGCGUGAGCUCCAAAGUGCACAUCUGGUUCCAGCUUGCUUGAUGCUUAGCUCAUCUGCAAAUAUGUGAUCAGUGCCGGUAAUUUGUAAUGAAUGAAGCGGUAGACAGGUUCUAAUUUCUUUUAGCCUUUUAAUUAUGUACAGGCAAAAAUGCAGCAUUCCGCUUUUAACUAUAUGCUUAAAAGAGCUAACGUUCUUAUUAAGGCUUUGUGGUUUUUAGAGUUGCUUCUAUGAACCUGGGGAGAUUAUGUGCUUUCCCAAGCGUUCUACCACCCUCUCAGUUUUGUCCCUCUGAAGAUAAUUUUGGAUCACCUUGAAUUUCCUUUUGGAUGUUGUUUGAUGAACAGAAAUAAAGUGAUAACAAGAGUUAUUUUUAAACAGAACUCCUCUUACCCCCCAAAACAGAUAAACCUCAGUGUACAAUUUUGAAAGAAGUUUUGCCUUGUAAUGAGUAAUAAUUUAGAAAGUAGACAGUGGUCAUGUUUGGCUCUUGUUUUAUUCCUUUUACAUUUGUUGCUUCUGGGAUUUAAAAAAAUUCUAAAUUCAUAAGAUUGUUAGGUAUUAAACACUUCAGAGUAUCAAUGUAAAAUUGGAAAAUAAGGAAUUGGGGGCAUUUGUUUAGGCCAUGACUUCCACAAGCGGAUUUAUUUUCUUUUAGUUUAGAAGACAAAAAAUUUCAAUACAGAUACUUCUUUUAGAAGUAAAUUUUUAAAUUUUAUUGUCAGUAGAAAAAAGUUAAAUUCCUACUAAUUUAAAGUAAGAUAGUUUAAAAAGGAAGCCUAAAAAAGACUCAUACUACAAAUAAUUUAAUUGAUGGCAUGUAAGAAUAUGCAGUUUGAAAAAGCCAAACUCUUCUCUCCACUUAGCUUUUGAUCCCCACUGUUUGCUUAUUUGUACAAGUCAUACUGUGUAGAAUUUCUAUUUUCUUUUUCCCCAUUAAAAGAGGACCAAACAAUUCUUUAUACAAAUGGAGUAGCAACUAGUUUUGUAGCACUACAUUUAAUGUAAUGAGAUAUCUUUGUUCAUUUUUUAAAAUUUGAAAUAUACUUUACCUGAUCCACUUUGAUUAUAUACUAUAUUCUUUGUUAAUUUUAAUUUUGUCCUGUUCCUAGACUGCUAGAAUCUGGCCCCUGGCCAUCUUAAAGUGCCAACAUAUGCCUGCAGGGUUUAUAAAAAAUGGUCUGGAGUGACACAUUUUAUUAUACCUAAUAUUCACUGCAUCAGCAUCACAUCUAGCUGUCUUACUUGUCCACAGAUAAUGUAAACAAAGGAGGGAAAAGCUUAUUAAAAAAUUAUCCUUCGCUGCUGGCUUGUGCUGGUUUAGUGCCUGUGUCCCUGGCAGUGUCCAGUAUGUUCACUUCCAGUUGAAGUAUCCAUAUGUUUCUGGGCAGCUUUUCUGCUCAGUGUGAUCCUGAGAUGGCUUCCCCUCCGCCACCCAGAGUGUGGUCCUUGACCGCCUCCUGCUCCUGCUCUGCAAGCCUGAAACUGGCUUGUCUGGAGCCAGGAGUUAGUCCUGGGGUGUGUGUGUGCCUGCGCACCCAUGCGCAUGCAAGUGUGUUUGCCAGCUCAGGAACUAUCUCCUCUCUACCUGGCUAGUAAGAGGUGGGACAGUAAUGGUCCUCCUGCUGGCCCCAGCAAGGCCCAUGAGUGACUGCCCUUACUUAUUCACUGUGCCUCUGGGCCACUUCUUCCCCUGUAGAUGUGGGCUUGUUGCCUUCUGCUGGCUUCCCUGAGGGAGGAGAACACUGGAUUAUUGGAAAUGUUUUAAUCACUCUUGCCAUUACCUACAUCUAUUAGCAUAGAUGAUGAAAAGCUGUUACUGGUGAUUAUAGAUGAGUAUUUCCAGGACAACUUUCUAAAAUUAUAAUUAUUUCUUACUAGGGAGAUUACAGGUAGUUUGGCAGAGCAUUGGUGUACAAAGGUACAUUUUCAAUUAAAAAGCAUACUUCUACGAAAGAUUUGGUUUUUAAAUUAUGGUUAAACAUUUCAGUAACUCAUAGCUACCGUGCAAGUUGGUGGACCUUCUAAGAAGGCACUUGUUUGUAAGCCAGAGGAGAAGAAACUUGAAUUGCAUCCUAUCAGAUUGUUGAGGUGGGUGUGAUAGUCUUCAAGUGCAGUGCGUUCACUCACUAACACUCACUGUCAGUGCCCGUGUUUGCUAGCUGCCUCCAUGUGACUAGUGAGCUGCUGGUGAAAGUCAUGUGAAAUCCUGUACACUGUGUAUAGAAUAAUGUAAUUUUAUGUUAAUUGUUAUUACUUUAAAAUCUACCAUCUGAUUGGCUGGUGCCGAGAGCUGUGGGUAAAAUUUGAAAAUUGUAUUUAGAAUAGGAAAUUUUACAUUUUAAACCCUAUUCUCCUUUAUGCAUUUUCGAUGAAAUGGAAUGAAGGCUAAUGUGCUUGCUUUAUCUUCUUUUGUAAUCUUGGAUUUUGUAGCUUUUAAAACUAGAAACCAUUGUUCUAACAAAGCAGGCAACUCUAUUCUAUAAACACAACUUCAUUAAGCAGAAUACACUGUAGAUGCUUUUCCCCAAUGUAUCUGGCUGGCAGUCUUUGUCGUUGUUCAUCCUGGGGAUAAAGGGGAACUAGGCUAGCAGUUCUAAUGUGACAUUCUUUAAGCAUAUCUUAAAAUAGUAUUUAAGUAAAUGGUCUAAUUUCUACAUAAUUAUUGCACUGAACUGUCUUUUUUGUUUAUUAAGGUGUUUAAAUAAGCUCAGCUAAUUCAAGACACUGUAGCCACUUGUGCAUCAGUGUGCUUGAAUUUAGUAGCUUACAGCAUUAUUUAUGAAGGAAAAAUAUAUAAAUAUGAAGUACCUCAUGUUGAAUGUUAUUGUACUGUAUUUUUAAUGUAACAGUGCAGAUCUUGUUAGACACAUGAAUGUGUAUAAUCAUGUUAAAUGCAAAUAAAAUAAAACUAGUUCAUAGA